AUGUCAAAGACUGACGAGAAUAAUCCAAUAAUACCAAAGAUGACAAUACCCACUACGAUAUCAAAUCAACAACCCUCAAACAAAUUACUUGAACACGUUUCAAAUCAAUUAAUCUCAAUUGGGCAUUUACGUAAACCAUUAGAUUCGAAUAGUUUACAAACAUUAGAUGGACAAGAAAAACUAUUCAAAGCGAUCUUUUCUUUAAUUACUUCACAUCAAGGUGUUAUGAAGAGGAAAGAAGAUGAACUAGAUAAAGAAAGAGAAAUGAGAUAUGAAUUUGAUAGAUUAGGUAGAUUAUUAGAAGUCUCUCAAUCCGAAAAAACUAAAUCAAUGCAAUUAGCUUCAACAAAUCAAUCCAAAAUGUCCGCAGCUUUGAAAGCAUUAGAAGAGGAGAAAAACUCGCAUCGUAAAACUAAAGAAGAUAUGAAUAAGCUAAUCAAUUCAGAAAAAUUAAUUCGAAGUUCAUGUUCACAAGAAAUCAAAAGAAGAUCUCAAGAAGUAGAAGAAUUUCAAAAAAGAAUGAAUAAAUUGUCAAAUUCAACACAUCAAGUUGGUAAAAUCAUCAUUGGUAGUCAGAUUAUGUCGACUAAUUCUUCCAUUAACGGUGAUCAACAUGGGUAUCCUGGUAGUGAGAGUGGAAGAAAGAUUGGACUAUUAGAGUUAGAACUUCAGGGUGCUUAUAAGGUUAGGGAUAAGAUCAUCGGUGAGAAUAAAGAGUUAAGGAAGUAUCUUCGGUUGUAUGAAAAAUCGAUUUCGGAUUUGGUGGACGAGGUUAAAGGUGGGGACGAGCCUAGCCUCGAUGUGAUUGACGAGGACGAUGAAGAUGGUCAGGCUCAGCAGGAUGACGGAAUGAUAAAUGAUGAUAGCACACAUCGAAUACCCUUGACAUCUUUGUUUAAAAGGAUGUCACGUUUUACAUACGAGUUAAGGGAGAAAGUGAUUGGUCUGAAGGAUUUGUUGAAUGAAUCAAUAGCUAAUAAUGAAGAUAUCAAACAAAAAAUGGAAAUGGAGAAAACAGCGGUAUCGGAAGGAUAUGAGCUUCGGAUUGAUGAGUUAGGGAAAGAAAUUGAAAGAUUGAAGUCUGCUUUGGUUCAAACUGAGGAGGUGGUAGAGGGUUGGAUAAGGGCUGGAUUGAAUCAAUCGAAUGGGAUGAUGGAUCAUGGAAUUGCUGAUGAUGUUGAAGAGUCUAUCGUAAUCCCAUCUAAGGUAGAUAAUCCUACAACAACAAUCGCAACCACUACUACCACGGAUUCAUUCAAUUCGAAAAAACGCGAAAUUGAAGAAACAAUAGAAAAACAAAAAAGAGAAAGAUUAAUGGAAUAUGAAGAAAAACAAAAACAAAUCUUAGCUGAAAUCUUUUCACCUGAAAAACCAACAACCACAACCAGCACAAUUCCGAACCCAAUCAUUAAUCAAACAAUACCAGAAGAAAAUCAAACCUCAUUAGAUAGUUUGAUCGUUUUUACAAAACCAACUAACCUGAAUAAAAAACUUAAAGGAAAAGAAAUCAUAGGUAAAACGAAAUCUUCAUCGACCAUCAAAAUGAAAAAGAUUGAUGUACCUUCUACUACAUCAAGGUUUAGAAGAGAACCCAUGAUUCCUAGUAGUAGUAGAAGCACACUCAAUUCUGUACUUGCUAUGACAGAUGAAAAGGAAGGCAAAGCAACGGCCGCAGGUAAUGAAGCUUCUGGAUCCGGUUCGAGUAGUAAUCCUAAGACUAAGGCUAAGGCUAAGGUUACUCCCGCAGUUCCUGCUACUGCUACUGCUCCUAGUAGUACUAGAAUUAAUAGAUUUGGUCGUCUUAAAAGUCGAGUUCCUUUGAAUAAUCGAACUAAAGCAAAAGAAUAA